GCUCAUGUGCCGUGGGUCGUGGUGAUCCGAGAACCGUGAUGUAAAGUGAGCGAUGGUCUCUUAAUCCAUACUUUCCCGGGAAACAUUGAUCCCUCGAUCCCUCGACCCUGCUAGGUCAAAAGAGAAGAUGUCUCUACGUUGCGGAGGCGUCGCCCGCACAUUGGGGCCCCGGGUAUUUGGAAGGUAUUUAUGCAGUCCAGUCAGAGCAUUGAGUUCCUUGCCAGAAGAAAAAAAGGAAUUUUUACGGAAUGGUCCAGACCUUCAAGAUUUUGUAUCUGGUGAUCUUGCAGACAAGAGCACCUGGGUUGAAUAUAAAGGAAACUUAAAACGCCAGAAAGGAGAAAGGUUAAGACUACCUCCAUGGUUAAAGACAGAGAUUCCCAUGGGGAAAAAUUAUAAUAAGCUGAAAAAUACAUUGCGAAAUUUAAAUCUCCAUACAGUGUGUGAGGAAGCUCGAUGUCCCAAUAUCGGAGAGUGUUGGGGAGGUGGGGAACAUGCCACAGCCACAGCCACAAUCAUGUUAAUGGGUGACACAUGUACAAGAGGUUGUAGGUUUUGUUCUGUUAAAACUGCAAGAAAUCCCCCUCCACUGGAUGCCAAUGAGCCUUACAAUACUGCAAGGGCAAUUGCAGAGUGGGGUCUGGAUUAUGUUGUCCUGACGUCUGUGGAUCGAGAUGAUAUGCCUGAUGGGGGAGCUGAGCACUUUGCAAAGACUGUGUCAUGCUUAAAGGAAAGAAAUCCAAAAAUUCUUGUGGAAUGCCUCACCCCUGAUUUCCGAGGAGAUUUUAAAGCAGUAGAGAAAGUUGCUCUGUCGGGAUUAGAUGUGUAUGCACAUAAUGUAGAAACAGUUCCAGAGUUCCAGAGGAAAGUUCGUGAUCCCAGGGCCAAUUUUGACCAGUCUCUACGUGUGCUGAAACAUGCCAAGGAGGUUCAGCCUGAUGUUAUUUCUAAAACAUCUAUAAUGUUGGGUUUAGGUGAGAAUGAUGAGCAAGUAUAUGCAACAAUGAAAGCACUUCGUGAGGCAGAUGUGGACUGUUUGACUUUAGGACAAUAUAUGCAGCCAACAAAGCGCCACCUUAAGGUUGAAGAAUACGUUACUCCUGAAAAGUUCAAAUACUGGGAAAAAGUAGGAAAUGAACUUGGCUUUCAUUAUACGGCAAGUGGCCCUCUGGUGCGUUCCUCAUAUAAAGCAGGUGAAUUUUUCCUGAAAAAUCUAGUGGCCAAAAGAAGAACAAAAGCUGUCUAAAACUUAAGCAGACAAGACCUUCAAGAUCAUGGGAAUCUUGAAAAUACAAUUCUGGUUGGUAACAGGUGAAGCCAAAAUGCCCAGGCUUCAUUGGAUGUACCCUACCUCUUUCUGUUAAGAAAAAUGUUAAUAGGUUUAUGUAUUUAAUUAUAAUAUUUCACUUAGUUUUAGAUUUUCCUCUUUCUUGCCAUAAAUAACUGCUUGCUAUGAUGUAAUAAUAAAACAUCUUUAUAAGAGCUUGCUAGUAACAACAUAGUUAAGCAUGAGAACUUCCAGAAGACCUUUAAAACUACUGUUACAUAUACAUCAUUGUUACAUAUCAUUUAUGAAAAAAGAUGUACUGUGAUGAAACAGUUAUCACAGAUUGAAACUAUGACCAGUUUACUUAUAAUUAGCAUUUGCUUUUUGCAUAAUAGUAUAACAUCACUGGAAUGAUUUAGAAAGUCUUAAGAGUUUGAAUAUUGAAUCUUUAUAUUUGAUAUGAUUACUUCAGACCCUACGAAGUGGUUUUACACUGAUUACUUGUUCAGAAGCUCUGUGAAACCAAGACCAUGAUGCUGUCCAAGGUAGAGAAAUGCAGUCUAAGAAUGGCAAUAGUAAGCAUCAGUUGUAUAGUGGUUUGCUACCUUUACAUACAGUAUCCCCCAUUUAUUCGUUUUAUUCCCCCCAACACUCUGGUGGGAUGUUUGUAUUGUAUGAUAGUAUUGACCUGAAGAAGGAAUUUCCUAGUACCAGUAUUCAAAUACAUCUUUUGACUCUGAAUCAUGGCUUUCUACUACAACUAAUAGAGGAAGUUUUUAGAUGCCUAUAUUGUAAAAUAUCUAAUGUCUAUAGACAA